AUUUGUUUUCCUUUAAGGACCAGUGGGUUUUUUCCCUUUCCCCCUAUGAGGGCACUCUCAUGGAAUGUGUGUGUGUGUGUGUGUGUGUUGCUGUUUUUGUGCUCAUGUUUGACAGAGCGAGUGUCUGCUGAAGUGUGUGCAUGUCUACGUGUGUGUGUGUGUGUGUGUGUGUGUGUGUCACCUCUAUCAUUUUUGUGUGUGUAUCUAAAUACAGUACCUGCUAGCCUACUCUCAUGCAAACCACUUUGAAUAUUCACAUGCAAAUAUAAAGCCACAUGCUACUGUAGUUUUAUGACACCAAAAGCAGAGGUGUCGAACUCAUUGUAGUUCAGGGGUCACAUACAAACCACUAAAAUCAAACUAUACUUAAUAUAAUCAUGAAUAAUACAUUUUUUGCCUUUGUUUUAAUGCAUAAUGAAAGGAAGUAUAUUGGGAAAAUCUUGAGAUUUAAUGUUGUUUUUGUUAAAAAAAAAUUAAUAAUUUUGCAAAACAACCUCAGGCUAAAAUAAUUUUUGGGACUGAAAAAUAUAGGAUUAUGUAAGAAUGAGUGCAUCAAUUUUGGCUCUCAAGCCGUAUGUUUGAUAGCCCUGCACUAGAUGACUUUGGACAUGAAGCACGAAGCAAACUACUUUUUUUUUUUUUUUUUUAACACAUAGAGUCGUCCUUGCACCUUUUGGGAAAAUGGCAGUUUUGUAUCCAAACUUAUAAACGACCUUGUGGCCAUCAUUCAAAUAAAAAUUAUUCUUUAACCACUUCUUGACAAGGCCAUGAAAAAGACAGCCCACCCCUCUCCCACUGCACCCUGUCCCGUCCCCCUCCUCCAUUGUGCACCUCAGUUCCUGUCUGUGUGUGUGUGUUCUUGACCGUGUUGAUUUUGGCCCCUGUUAGGACCUGUUUUGGGGAGGAAACGAUUCUCCAUCAUGGCCACUAAAUCCUACGGCCAGAAAACCCUGAGCGUCUACGGUGGAGCCGGCGGCCACGGCACCCGCAUCUCCUCGGCUCAAUCAUGCUACAUAGCCGCUCCGGGCUUCAACCUGGCUGACGCCCUGGACUUCCACGUCGGCGCCAACGAGAAGGCCACCAUGCAGAACUUGAACAACCGUCUGGCUUCUUACUUGGAGAAGGUGGGCACCCUUGAGAAGGAGAACGAGCGCCUGGAUAAGCAGAUCAGAGACUGGUACCAGAGCAGGAGUGUCAUCAGCCACGACUACACCAGCUACUUUGCCAUCAUUGAUGACCUGAAGGACAAGAUCUGUGUCGCCGCCAGGCUCAAUGCCAAGACAAUUCUGGAUAUUGACAACGCAAAACUGGCUGCUGAGGACUUCAAAAUGAAGUAUGAGAAUGAGCUUGCCAUGAGAAUGACCGUGGAGGCAGACACUGCUGGGCUGAAGAGGCUUCUGGAAGAUGUGAACAUUGCCAGAGUGGAUCUGGAGUGCCACAUGGACGGUUUGAAGGAUGAACUCAUCAUGCUGAAGAAGAAUCAUGAAGAGGAAUUGGCUCUGCUCAGGAGUCAAACGGGCGGUCAGGUUAACGUGACCAUGGACGUAUCACCCUCUCUAGACUUAAACCAGGCCAUGACAGAGAUCAGAGAACACUAUGAGGCUAUGAUCACCAAGAACCGCAAGGACCUCGAGUCCUGGUACCAGAGCAAGAUCACGGCAGUAGAGCAAGAAGUGAUGACACAUUCAGAGUCUCUGGUGACAUCCCGCUCAGAAAUUAAAGACCUGAAGAACACUCUCCAGAGGUUUGAAAUUGAACUGCAGUCCCACCUUACCAUGAAAGCCUCCCUGGAGGACAGCCUGGCAGAGACACAAUCCCGCUAUGCCGCACAGCUAUCAGGCCUGCAGAACAUGAUCGUGAGCUUAGAGGCCCAACUUUCCCAGAUCCGCGCCAACAUCACCAGCAACAAGCAUGAGUACGACAUGCUGUUGGACCUUAAAACACGACUGGAGAUGGAGAUUGCAGAAUACAGACGGUUACUGGAUGGAGAGGAGGAGAGCUCAAAGCAAGUGGUCACCAAGGUCAUCACGGUGGUGGAGAGGGUCGUGGACGGGAGGGUGGUGGAGAGCAGCAAGACUGUCGACGUUGAUGUGGAUCACAUUAAGUGAUACCUGGGAAGAGACUCAAUAAAGAUC